AUGACUACUGAAAGACGAAUUCCCAAAGGCGACUGGGUUCUGGUUACGGGGUCCAACGGAUACAUUGGCUCCCAAGUCGUCGACGUCUUGCUCCAGGAGGGAUACAAUGUCCGCGGGAGCGUGCGCGCCGAGAAGCCCUGGCUCAACAAACUAUUCGAUGAGCGCCAUGGCAAGGGCAGGUUCGAGACGGUCAUCGUGCCGUCGUUGAGCGAUGAACAAGCAUUUGACGAGGCCGCCAAAGGCGUCUCCGGCAUCAUCCACGUUGCCUCAGACGUGUCACUGAGCCCAGACCCGGAAGCGGUGAUACCCCCUGUCGUGGCUGGGACGGUUCUCGUCUUGAAGACCGCCGCCAAAUACGCGUCAAUCAAGAGCGUGGUCCUCACGUCAUCUUCAUCGGCCGUAUUGAUUCCUGAACCAAACAAAGAACUGGAGGUUGACGAAGACACCUGGAACGAUGCUACCGUUGCAGCGGCCUACAGCAAAGACACCCCGGAGUCGUUCAAACCAUACAUCGUCUAUGCUGCGUCCAAGACCGAAGGCGAGCGUGCAGGCUGGAAAUGGUACAACGAGAACAAGCCCCAUUUUGUCUUCAACACAGUGGUGCCAAACAUGAACUUGGGAACAAUCUUGUCUCCAGAAAUCCCCGGCAGCACUAUGGGCUGGACUCGCAAGUUGCUCGAGGGCGAGGACGCUACGUUCAAGAUGCUUCCUCCACAAUGGUUUAUCGAUGUCGUGGACGACGCCCGCUUGCACGUGGCAGCGCUGCUCGAUCCCAAGGUCCAGUCGCAGCGAAUCUUUGCCUUUGCAGAGCCAUACAACUAUACGGAUGUCCUAACCAUCUUGCGCAAGUUGCGACCAAACAACACCAAGCUACCUUCUCCUCCAGAGAACGAGGGCCGGGACUUGACAAUCAUCAAGCCGAGAGCAAAGGCGGAGCAGCUCCUCAAGGAUUUCUUCAACGUGCCCGGUUGGACAAAGCUGGAGGAUAGUCUAGCGGCAGGGAUUGAAGGCUUUGAGUGA